GCCGAUCUAGCAACUCCUGGGCACGGGGACUGCACGUCAGAGAUGGCGACAUUGAACUUGCGGUGACAUUCGAUAAAUCCGAUGCGGGGCUCAUUUGCUUCCAGGAAAGUGCCUCUGCGAACGAGUGAAGAUAGUGGCAGGGUAUAUAAGUGGCAGUGUGAUUGUCCCGCCUUCUCUCCUGCCGUCCUGGUAACCCUCGUUUCGAAAUUUGUGUUGUCCCCCCUCAAUUGUCCUCACUGCAAGGCUGGUCCUCACCAUCUCACCCUACCCAUUUCCGCAGAGCAGGUCUCUGCCAUCUGUGCAGUCACACGGUGACUUCGCUGACCCCGUCUACAUUACAAACGCUCCACUUCACAGAUCCGAAAUAUGAAGACCGCACGCUCGACUGCUGGACUGCUCGUGGUUUUCGUGAUGGCAGCAUCCUUGCUUGUCACCCAAGUUCAUGCCUUUGCCGAGCGCCCCAUCAGGCGAGCUCUACACGAAGAGCGCCUAAGUCUGCUCGGGAAGAGGGCACCAGUAGGCGGAGCGUCUAGUCCCAAACAUCCACUGGACAAUUUCUUUGAUUGGCAGAAGACACCCGAUCGAUCUCCUCCUCCCGAAUUCGACGAGAGCUUCACUCCUUCCCCCUCGGCUUCGCCCACACCCCCGCGCACUCCUCCCAUGAGGCCAGCCACGCCCGAGACACCUUGGCUGAUCGAAUUUUCCGAGACGGGAGACCAAAAGUCGAGACGUCCCUCGCCUAUACGGAAGCCGAUGUCGCCGCCGGCACGGAAGUCGACGUCCCCGCCCAAACGACCACCACCUCCUGUGCCUACCACAAGGGCUCCUGCUCUCGACGCCUCAUCGUCGACACGUAGCGGCCGUGGGGUACGCCUUGUGGAGUCUGGUCCUCUGCCCAUGUCGGCACAGCAACAGAAGAAGAAGGGCGUGUUCACAAAAUUGAAAAAUGUACUCACUGGCAAGUCCAAGCCCAAACUUUCGAAGGUAUUUGGCAAGAGCAAGUCAAAGUCGCGGAUCAGCAGGACUGGAAGCGGGAGUAUCGGGACCGACUCGGCUCCUUCACGCUGGUCUAUGCCUUUGGAGCGGACAUCGCGUCCGUGAACCGGGCGGGUGGCUAUCGAUCAGUCCGGCGCCAGGAAAUGUGCCUUUUCCGGAUAGCCUGUCGACGGAAUGCGGGAAGUCCGCGGCCGGGAGGCGAGAAGCCGCUCGCUUUCGACUCAUUGCCUUUUGCGCUCUUGCGAAUGUGGUAUCGAAUGCUUCGAUGGCAACGCGACGCCGGCAGAACUUGUGCACAAGCAGUGGGCAAUCGGAGUGAUGUAGCCUGACAAGCAAUCGCCUGAGGGAAUGAUUCGUGUCAAGUGCCUUUGCCAU